AUGUCUUCACGAGCUGAGCAAUCAAGGGACGACGACCUCUCGGCUGACGCUGAUGUCGAGAGCAACAGCGGAUAUGACAAUGACGUAGCUCCGUCAGAAGGAUCGCCGCUCCUCUCCAACGACUUGCCCCGCGACCUCGUUCCCUCCAAAGGGUUUCAGCGACGCGUCUUGCUCAUGUGUCUUGUGUCGCUGUUUAUUGUCGAAGUGAGCGAGUUCAUCACAGAUCCACCGCAGCAAAAGAUUAUAGAGGACAUUAUAUGUCGGGGAUAUUAUCCGGACCAUGUUUUGCAGAUAAAGGAUCAACGUUGCAAGGAUAAUCAUGUUCAGAAGACGUUGGCGAUGGUUCGGGGGUGGCAUCUGGCCUUUGGGAUGGCAGUUCCCAUUCUGUCACAGUUCCCAUUUGGAAUCAUAGCCGAUAAAUAUGGAAGACGGCCGGUUUUGUUCCUAUCACUCUUUGGUGACUUGCUCCAGACAGCAUGGGUCAUGAUGGUUUUAUAUUUCCCAGAUGUCUUUUCCAUCUGGGCUAUUAUCCCCGGAAGCCUCUUCUUCCUCAUCGGAGGCGGAGGUCCAAUGGCCGGUGCCAUGGUUUGGACCAUUGUAGCCGACGUCGUGCCCACCGCUGAACGAACUGGCGUCUUCUUUCGCCUCUUCGCUGCCAGCUUGCUCUUCAACGUUAUGGUUAACCCCAUCUCGGCUUGGCUGCUCAAUUAUGACCCAUGGCUGUCCAUGUGGAUAGGUCUUGGCUUCCUCAUUGCAGGUACCCUAUCGGUUCUGCUCAUCCCAGAAACUCUACGGUUCAGACAAAAGGCUGAUAAUCGUCGACGACAUGGUCCCGGACACGAAGAUGAUGCUGAACCUGAAGAACAUGGACAUGGGGUCUCUUUGAGCAAGCACAGCGUCUUGAAACAAGCCUGGUUUACGGUUAAGAACGACAUGCAGCAUGUGCGGCGAUUCAUCUUUGCGUCCAAGACCGUCAUAAUGCUUAUACUCACAGUCGCAACCUAUCUGCCGAUUAGGGUUGCGUAUAACGGCAUCUUGCUACAGUACAUGACCAAGCGGUUCAAUUGGGAGUGGUCUACCGCUACAUAUAUCUCCACAGUGGGCGUCCUCUCGACUGUGAUAUGCCUGCUUGUUGUUCUCCCCAUCGCAUCAAAGCUGCUUAAUGGGACCUCUCGCUUUAGAUCACGUCCCGUGAACAGAGAUCUCAUUCUGGCACGCAUCUCACUGUUAUUCGUGUCUUUCGGAGGGCUACUCAUGGCCUUUGCAGGAGGUCCAUGGCUCUUCAUCAUAUCUCUCGUCAUUACAAGCUUCGGCCAUGGAUUCAACGCUCUCUGCAGGGCCGUUCUCAAUGCCGUGGUGGAACCGCACACGAUCGCAACACUGAACACCACCAUUACUCUCAUUGAGAUGAUCAUGGGACUUGUGGCUGCUCCGGCUACGAGUUGGCUGUUUAGCCGUGGCAUGGACUUGGGUGGCGCUUGGAUGGGGCUGCCGUUCUUGGCCGUAACAGGGCUGUACGAUUUUGAGUACGAGGAAGACGACGAUGACGAUUCCGGCGAUGUCGAUAUCGAGAACAAGUACUACAACGCCAAGCAGCUCAAGCUGUCAGACCCUGAGGACGCCGUCACCGAGUUUCUGGGGAUCCCACCAUUAGAAGAGGAAAAGGGAGAAUGGGGCUUCAAAGGUUUGAAGCAGGCCAUAAAGCUGGAGUUUAAGCUAGGACAAUACGACAAGGCUGCUGAGCACUAUGCCGAGCUCCUCACAUACGUCAAGUCGGCUGUCACCCGAAACUACUCGGAAAAGUCCAUCAACAACAUGCUUGACUACAUCGAAAAGGGCUCCGACGGCCCCGAGGCUGUCCGAAGCAUGGAGCAGUUCUACUCGCUCACCCUCCAGAGCUUCCAGAGCACCAACAAUGAGCGGCUAUGGCUCAAGACCAACAUCAAGCUAGCGAAGCUGCUUCUCGACCGAAAGGAAUACUCCGCCGUGGCUAAGAAACUCCGAGAACUCCACAAGACCUGUCAACGAGAAGAUGGAACCGACGACCCCAGCAAAGGCACAUACUCGCUCGAGAUUUAUGCACUGGAGAUUCAGAUGUUUGCCGAGACCAAGAACAACAAGCAGCUCAAGGCGCUGUAUCAGCGGGCUCUCAAGGUCAAGUCGGCGGUUCCCCAUCCUCGAAUCAUGGGUAUCAUUCGAGAGUGCGGUGGAAAGAUGCACAUGAGCGAGGAGAACUGGAAGGAAGCUCAGAGCGACUUUUUCGAAUCGUUCCGAAACUACGACGAGGCGGGCUCGCUCCAGAGAAUCCAGGUUCUGAAGUACUUGCUCUUGACAACCAUGCUUAUGAAGUCCAACAUCAAUCCGUUCGACUCGCAAGAGACCAAGCCCUACAAGACGGACCCUCGGAUCUCGGCCAUGACGGAGCUGGUUGACGCUUACCAACGGGACGAUGUUCACACAUACGAAAAGGUCUUGCAGCGUAACCAAGACAUCCUAGACGACUCAUUCAUCGCUGAGAACAUUGAUGAGGUCACACGCAACAUGCGGACAAAGGGUGUGGUCAAGCUGAUUGCCCCCUACACACGUAUGAAGCUCGCGUGGAUCGCAAAGCAGCUCAAGAUCUCGGAGCCCGAGGUUCAGGACAUUCUGGGAUUCCUCAUCAUCGAUGGCAAGAUCAAUGGAAGGGUGAACCAGGAAAAGGGGCUCCUCGAAAUCACCUCUGAUGCCGACUCGGAGCGCAUCAAGGCUCUGCAAGGGCUCACAUCGUCGAUUGGUGACCUCUUUGGGGCCAUUUUCCGGGACGGCGAUGGGUUCCGUAACAUCGAGCAAUCAGCAGGUGAGGAUCAGGGGGUGGAUAUCUCAGGUAUCCAGAUAGGAAAGGGGGCCGGCAGAGGUGGUGGCCAACACCGGAAGAAGGGUAAGGGACCUGGUAUUCCGGCAUGGGCCUGA